AUGACAGAUCAUCCAAGCAAAUCACCCUCUAGUUUCGACAGAAUAAGAUCCGUCAAUGUGGAGCUCAGUGUCAAGUCCACUGUGAUUCCAUCAACUUGGCCAAUCCUAGCAGACUUUUAUAGGAGUAUUAAACUCAGUUCCAAUAUUGGCUUACAGUCUUCGCAUUUCCAUUGUGAAAGCUUCACUGUUACUUAUCUUAAAACACUUGGUAUGCUUCCGCCGAAUGAUGCAGCACAAUUGACGGAUGAAGAUUUGUUAACCCUUAAAAAAUGUAGACAGAUGGCAUUUUGGAAGGGAAGUGUACCUUGUAGUGUUGGUGCUUUGUUACUUGUUUCUGCUGCUAAAAGAAAUGGGUUUUUUUCGAAACGCCGUGGUCUUGAAGUGCCAUGUUGUAUCUUUGCAGUUACAAUGGGUUAUUUUAUUGGGAAAUUGACCUUUAUAGGCAAAUGUAAGCAUAUGUUUCUUCAGCUCAAGAAUAGUCGAAUAAAAGAUCAAAUUCUUGAAUUGGAAAUGCUGAAUACAUUUCAAUCAAGUUCCAAUUCGCCUAUCAUUGUGAAUACACCUGUAGAAAAACAUUCACCAAUGAGUUAUGCACAACGUAGAGAAUAUUAUCAACAGCAUUCUGACCAAUCUAUACCUACAAAUUCUAAUUCUAAAACACCCGAAAUGGUUGAAGAAGACAAAAAUCAACCUCAAACAAAUUCAAAUCUUGAGUAUUUCGAUAGAGAUAGACCGGUUACUUACAACCUUCUGGACUUCUGCAAGAGUUGA